GUCGUCGCGCACGUCCGACAUCUCACGAGCGACAGCAAUUCACCGGCGGCAUCACCCAGGCUCUUUCUGCAGAGAUGGAGGUACCGGGCUUGGCGCACAGCAUCACCAGUCCACUAAGUCCCUGCGAGGGGAUGAUCAAGGACCUGAGCUUGGACGCCAUACAGCUGUGCGAACGAGAUGGGAGUAAAUCCCAGGACGGGAGCAUCUCUGAGAUGGAGGAGCUACCGGUUCCUCAGAGCAUCAAGAUCAGCAACAUCACCUGCGACUCUUUCAAGAUCUGCUGGGACAUGGAGCCGCGCAGCAAGGAGCGCAUCACGCACUACUUCAUUGACCUGAACAAAAAGGAGAACAAAAACUCAAACAAGUUCAAGCACAAGGAUGUUCCUACCAAGCUGGUGGCCAAGGCAGUGCCCCUGCCCAUGACGGUUCGGGGCCACUGGUUCCUGAGCCCACGCACGGAGUACACUGUGGCCGUCCAGACUGCAUCAAAACAGACUGACGGGGACUAUGCCGUGUCCGAGUGGAGCGAGAUCAUCGAGUUCUGCACUGCUGAUUAUUCCACCGUGCAUCUAAACCAGCUGCUGGAGAAGGCAGAGGUCAUCGCUGGCCGGAUGCUGCGUUUCUCUGUAUUCUACAGGAACCAGAAUAAAGAGUAUUUUGACCAUGCCAGGGAGGUACAGGGGAACCAAAUGCUGCCAUCAGUGAAGGACAACAGCGGUAGCCAUGGCUCACCAAUCAGUGGCAAGCUGGAGGGCAUUUUCUUCAGCUGCAACACAGAGUUCAACACAGGCAAGCCUCCGCAGGACUCCCCUUAUGGCCGCCACCGCUUUGAGGUUCAAGCUAACACAUUCUUCAACCCUGACACCAACCUGUACUUUGGAGACUUCUACUGCAUGUAUACGGCGUACCACUAUGUUAUUCUGGUCCUGGCGCCAAAGGGCUCCAGAGGUGACGAGUUCUGUAAGCAGCGGCUUCCUGCACUCGACAUCAGCAACAACCGCUUCCUUACCUGCAAGCAGGAUGAAGAAGGUGAUGGCGGUCUGGUGUUUCAUCACGCCCAGGACGUCAUCCUGGAGGUGAUCUACACGGAGCCUGUAGACCUGGCGUUGGGCACGGUGGCUGAGAUCAGUGGGCACCAGCUCAUGAGUCUGUCCACAGUAAAUGCUAAGAAGGACCCCAGCUGCAAGACCUGCAACAUCAGUGUGGGACGCUAAGAAACAGCAAAUUGAGGGGAGAGGAAGGGAAGGACUAGAGGUGACUGACCUCUAUACACACAGGAAGUCCACAUGUACUGAUGAAGCAGACCAACACAUGCAUGAAGCAGCAGAUUUAGUAGGCUCCAAGACAUGCACAGCAACAUAUCUCUGACGCACGCUCUGUACUCUCAAGAGACCAACAUUCCCAAAGAAGAGUGGAGAAAAAUAGAGGAAGGUACACUCACUGACACCUGCACCGUUGUCUCCUCAUCUUAAAGGGGUUACCCUAAAUGUUGAAAAUAUACAUUAAAACAUACCUAGAGAUAUCCACAUAAGGAACCGCCAGCUGAGAAAUCUAGACCUGGGACACCAAGAGCAAAGAUUCAUCCAUCCAUCCUGCAAGUCAACACUGGCGUACUGACCAAACCCUUUAACUGUACUAAAAAAACACGGGCUGCUUCUAUUCAAUUUUCCUGUUGUUUAUUUUAAUCUGUUGUUCCACAUUUUAUUAAUGAGCUUUGCCUUUUUAUUAUUGAUAUGCUGUUGAUCGAGUGUCCACUAUGUGUGUGGAUAAGCAUUUUGUUGUUUCCAACAACUUUGACUGUUUGUCUUUCUAAAAAUGUUUUGUUCUCAUUCCACAGUAGAGGAAAAAUCAGACUUCUUUUUACUUCCUACUAAUGGCAUGGACUGGUACUACAAUUUUCUAGGGCUGCAGCAUCCUUAGUCAUCUUUCUUUAUACCAAAGGUAUUAAAAACCAGACAUGAAACCGCUGUGGAAAUUUAACAGUACUAAUGCAACAACCUCUAAGAUUAGG